AUGACCAAGGGCUGCUAUACGUGCCGGCGCCGUCGCAUCAUCUGCGACAAUGGCCAGCCGACCUGUCGAAAAUGCAGAGAUGCAGGGAAAGAAUGCCUAGGCUACCAAAAGCCUCUGGUGUGGGUCAAGGGUGGUGUCGCCAGCCGGGGGAAGAUGAUGGGUCGCAGUUUUGACGACGCGGAGAAGUCCAUGAAAAAGUCUAGAGAUCGGCCAUCAGAGCCAGAGCCAGAGCCAGAGCCAGAGACCACACACGGCUCCAGUGCUUCAAACAACACAGAUCUCCUCCUCGCGUCCGAGUCCCCCGAUACGAUUUCUCCAAGCUCCAGUUAUCAGAAGAGCCCCGAGGCGGAUGCUUGGAUCCAGGAAUCAUUGGACAUGUUGGAAGCUGAAGAGAUUGGCCCAACUGAAGCUUCUAUAUAUCCCGGGCCGGCAAAUAAUUUGGAGGCACAUGGACAAUUAGUCCAAGUAUCGCGGAAUCACCCUUUCGAUUAUGUUCCAGCGCCAUGGGGCUUGGUAGAUCCUACAAUGAAAGAUUUCAGUCCGCUUACUAGGUUUUACCUUUCACACUACAAUCAAUGUAUCACCAAUGAACUUCUGGUAUAUCCUCAAACCAAGAAUCCGUGGCGAGAUAUAAUGGCUUUGGUCGGCUAUUCACCACUAAUAACUAAUACCCUGUGUGCUAUGGGGGCUGUACAUUAUUCUUUGAUGUCAAGCUCAGAUCCAUCGGUCUUGCCCUGGUCAUCUCAUAAUCCCCUGACGGCCGAUUCGCUUCUAUCUACUGAGGAAAUUGAGAAUAUGAUUCUCCCAUCAAACUCUCGUCGGCCACCUUCGAGGGCUUACCAAGACUUUUUGGAAUUCAAACAGCGCACUCUAUCCGAAUUAUCCAGGGAUCUCAUGAACCCAGCUACGCAGAACGAUGAUAUCAAUUUGGCGGCUAUUGUUCUUCUCGCUCUGCUUGACGUGUUCGAGUCUGGGAGCGGCGCGUGGAGCUAUCAUAUCGAGGGCUUAAAGAAACUACUCAGAGACCGACCUGGAAACAAAAUCGGCCGAGGCAUACUCCAAGGACUCGAGGAGUUCGCUAUCGAAGGCUGUGUAAUCAUGGAAAUCAUGGGUUCAACACUUGCUCGCCCGGGCGCACUCUCCAGGCCCUUCUUGCCCGCCUCGGGCGCAUCAAUGCUCAAGCGCCUCGAAGAGACCUCCUGGGUAGGCUGUCCAGCCUUCCUACUCGAAGUAAUUUUCUUCAUCCACACUCUGUGGUACCCAGAGUCCGAAAUACUAUCCUCAACACCCAGACCUGCAACCCUCUCAACGACCAUGCAACACGGCCAACCGCUUACACGUGAAUCCUUCGCGGCUCUUUUACAUAGCAUUCGCACCUUUGACCCCGUCUCCUGGUCCCACGAGAUGCAAGCUUACUUUUACCUUGACGACCUCUCGUCUCGCAUCGCACUAGCUAGUGCCUACCAGGCGGCCGUCUACCUAUACACCAGCCGAGUGCUCUCCCGCGCACGCGAGGGCUUCUCACCCCCGUGGAAGGAAAUCAACCUCCCAGACGAUCAUUCUAUAAUAGCCAAUGACCUCAUCGCGCGCAUCUGUUCUAUACCGCGCUCUGACCCACACUUCAAGUGCCUCAUCUGGCCCACUUUCAUCGCCGGCGUCGAGUGCCGUCGGCUAGCUCAACGUGCGUUGGUGCUGGAGCAACUGGGCGCUUUGUACAAGGCUGUUACAAGCGUCAAUGUACGGAAUGCUGCUUGGGUGCUCAGGCUUAUGUGGCAGAAGCAAGACCUCCGGCGACGGGAGAAUAUGCUGUUUGCGAUCGUCGAUGACCAAGAUACGGACGUGUCCGGGGGUCAAGCUGAUGAGGAGACAUUUGAUUCAUCAUUUGAUUGGGUGGAUGAACUAGAUGCUUCUCGGCUGGAUUGGCUAUUUAUCUAA